AUGCGAAAAAGAAAAUUACCAGUGAGCAGCUUAGAAUCAAACGACAACGCAAACGCCGGUGGAUCCAAACGAGCACGCUUCAAUGUUUCUUCAGACACUACAAACGAUAGCUACAAUGAAGAAUUUGACCACACAGAGUCACUAGAGAAAGCAAAGAUCCGUCGAGGUGCCGUCAGACUCGAUGGCUACGGAUCUGACAGUUCAGACGAUGACGGAGAGGCGUUGUACCUGCGUCGAAGCGGCACUGCCAAAGGAAAGCAACGGGUAGAUGCCGAUCAGGAUAUGUUUGCAAGCGACGAUGACCUUGACGAGAACAAGGAAUCGGGCGAAGUAGAAUUUAGCAAGAAAAAGAAAAUGAAGUAUUUGGAGAUUGACGACAUAAAAGGUCAAGAGUUUGAUUCGAUAGACCGAUAUGAUGAAGAGACAGACGAACCUGCAAUUAUGGCGUUUAACAUGAUAGAGGAAAUGGAAGAAGGAAAAUUUGACGAGGCUGGGAACUACGUCAGAAACCGAAAAGAUCCAAAUGCGUUCCACGAUAAUUGGCUUAACGGUCUAUCACGAAGGGACAUUGAGCAAGCUAGAAUUGCUCAUGAAAGGCAAGAGCAGCAGCGCAGACUAAAAGAAGCCGAAGAAGCAGCUCAAGCUCCGAUGGAUCACAUAGAUAUAUGGAAAGAAUUAUUGACCAUAAUGAAUAGGGGCGAGAAGCUUGUAGACACGUUUCAAAGGUUGGGAGGAGGAAAGAAGAACAAACUGACCGAGGAAGAAAAGAAAAAGAAAAAAGAUAUCGAGAAAUUAACUGAAUUAUCAGAUCGAAUGAUGGCACUUGGACAUUUUGAUAUAUACGAGUCUAGUUGGGAACAGAUAUUAAGGAAUUUGAAAAAGGAAGGUGCGGUUUCGCCAGAUUGGAUGCCGCUUGAGAGACUCCAGGCUCUCCGCGCAGAAGCAGACGCCAACGCUGAUCGUGCUGAAGCUGCUGAAGCUCUAUGCAGGACUAAAGAAGCGGAACUUAAUGAAAAAGAGAAAACAAUAAUUACUCUCAAUAAUCAAGUCAUUCUUUUGGAAAAAGAACUAGAGGAAGCUCAGGCUAAAAUCGAGGAAGCGAAAAUCCUUAAAGAGGAAGAAGAGAAUCAGAAGGCGCAGAUCGAGGCGCUCCAAAGGAAGAUUUCUUUACUUGAAAACGAGAUAGAUAUAACUGAGAAUAAUCUUAGAGAUACGACAGAGAAACUUCGUCAAACUGACGUCAAGGCUGAACACUUUGAACGGAAAGUACAACAACUUGAGAGUGACAAAAUUCAUUUGGAGGCGCGCGUUGAAACUCUGGAAGAGGAAAUUAAAUCGAAAGAUCAAGAGUUGGAGGAGACUCUCAGACAAAUUAACGAACUUUAG